GUGGUUUAAUUCUUUGACUCAAAGCCUACACGUUGAGACGUAGGCUAUCUGUCAUAUUCUGCCAGUGGUCACAUGGCUUUGGGCCUCAGGAAUGGAUAGAGAUGGAUUCCCACGUCACCUUGUACGUCUAAGGAUUUCUGUUCCACCAGUGCGCCUCAAAGUGACUGGAGCGCAGCGUCGCGGCGGAACAAUGCGAGGAUUACCGUAGAAAAACGCUUCCAACAGCAGAAUAUGGAUUUUGAUGAGCGGAUAUCUGGACCCAACAUGUAUUUACCGAGCUGCACUUACUACGUCUCCGGAGCGGACUUCUCGGGUCUCCCUCAUUAUUUAACCCAGAGCCAGUCCUCCUGCCCCGUGACAUACUCCUACCAGUCCUCAGCCCUGCCACAGAUCCCCUCCGUGAGAGAUGUGGCUUUCAGAGACUAUGGCAUUGAUACUUCCAGUAAAUGGCACCACAGCAGGGGGAGCCUGUCACACUGCUACGCCGAGGACAUGGUGCACAGCAGGGACAGCUGGGGGAGCGCAGCCUCGCGGGGGGGCGAGAUCCUGCACGUGAAAGGCGGCUCCGGCGGCGGCCACUGCGGCUCCUCCGGCGGCGGGGCUCCCAGCCUCUGCGGCGGUGGUGGUGGCAGCAACGUGGGCAGGAACGGGGUCCUUCCGCAAGCUUUCGACCAGUUUUUCGACACUGCGUACGGGAGCGCGGAGGGCAGCGCCACGGCGCCGACGGCGCAAGCCGCCACCUGCACGGACGCGGACAGACUCGCCAAAACGAGCCCGGCGCGCCCCGGCCGGCCCGGCUCGGACGCGGCGGAGAGCUGCAGCCCCAAGUCCUCCUCCGGCCUCAGCGAGGAGAAGCAGAGCCGGAGCAGCAGUGGCCAGAGGACGCGCAAGAAGAGGUGUCCAUACACCAAGUAUCAGAUCAGGGAACUGGAGAGGGAGUUCUUUUUCAGCGUUUACAUCAACAAAGAGAAGCGUAUGCAGCUCUCACGGAUGCUCAAUCUGACUGAUCGCCAGGUUAAAAUCUGGUUUCAGAACAGGAGGAUGAAGGAGAAGAAACUGAACAGAGACCGUUUACAGUACUACACUACAAAUCCUUUGCUAUAAAAACUGGACAAAGACUGUUGUCAAGCAUGGACUUAUACACAUCCACAUCUGUGUCAUUAGGAGAACGUUUUUAUUUUAUUUUCAUCUUUUGGUUUAAUUUACCAACACCCAAAGAAAAUGUAAUUAUUCAUACACAAUCAUAUCUAUUAUUAUUAUUAUUAUUAUUAUUAUUAUUAUUAUUAUUAUUAUUAUUAUUAUUAUUAUUAUUAUUAUUAUUAUUAUUAUUAUUAUUAUUAUUAUAAGUUACGUGGUUUCGUGCAUGAAAAGGCGUGACUGUACUGCUAU